UGUCGCCUGCAGAAUUUAAGGCUCUUGGAAGUAAAUACCCUGUUCGCGGGUCUCGUUAAUGGCGGCCGAGGCGAAGCGCGAAAUUUAAAAUUAUUGUCGAAAGUAUUUCAAAUAUGAGGCGAUCGCUAGCUCCUAGUCAACUUUUAAAACGCAAGACUUCAUCAUGGGUUGACGAUGAUAGCGACAGCGAAGGAGAGGUGACUUCGCCACGGCAAAAGAUGCAGAAAAUCGACCAGGAAAAGUCAAAAGUUUUGAGCAAAUUUUCUCAACAUCUAUUCAGGCAGCCAUUCACGUCAUUAUGUUUAAAUGGGUCUGGCCAGCUAUCUGAACACGAAGCUCGCAUCAAAAACAUUUUAUCAAAGCCUUUUAGAGUCCCAAUACCGAAUUAUCAAGGCUCAUCCAAUGGUCGUACCCUGGGGGUAAAGCGACAAGGUCCCCGUCGAUCCCUCCAUGAUCCAGAUGACCCUGAUGCCCUCGUCUUGUAUGUACCACCUCCUCAGACGGAGCAUGACAAACUAAAAUCAAAUCAGGACUAUGAGGUUCAUGUAGUCGUUGAUCCGAUUCUUUCAAAGGUUUUGCGACCUCAUCAGCGAGAAGGAGUGAGGUUUUUGUACGAUUGUGUCACAGGGGAAAAAAUUUCAGAUAGUUUUGGUUGUAUAAUGGCAGAUGAGAUGGGACUUGGCAAAACUUUACAAUGUAUCACUCUUCUUUGGACCUUACUGAAGCAGAGUCCAUCAGGAAAGAAGCUGAUUGAUAAGGCUAUUAUAGUUGCACCAUCAAGCCUCGUUAAGAACUGGUAUAAUGAGAUCAAUAAAUGGCUAGCAGGGAAACUUCAUGCAUUGGCAAUAGACUCUGGCUCCAAGAAAGAAAUUGAUUCAAAUCUUACAAGUUUCAUGGCCCAAUGUGGCAACAGAGUCCAUAAUUCCAUUCUGAUUAUUUCCUACGAAACAUUCAGAUGUCAUUAUGAGAAGCUAACAAGCAGUCCAGUGGGUCUCCUCAUCUGCGACGAAGGACAUAGAUUAAAAAAUCUUGAAAGCCAGACUUACCAGGCGUUGGAUAAGUUGAAGACACAAAGACGAAUUCUUCUAUCAGGAACGCCAAUCCAGAACGACUUGCUUGAAUACUUCAGUUUGGUUCAUUUUGUAAACAGCGGUAUGCUAGGAACGGCUUCAGAGUUUAAGAGAAAAUAUGAAAAUAUUAUUCUUCGAGGUCGUGAUGCGGACGCCAGCGAGUCAGACCGCCACAAAGGCACCGAAAAGUUAAACGAACUCGUUUCUCUUGUUAACAAAUGUAUUAUCAGACGAACCCAGGCUAUUUUGUCAAAGUACUUGCCGGUUAAAGUCGAGCAGGUUGUCUGCUGUGCUCUCACGCCGGUGCAAAAGGAACUCUACCAGCGUUUGGUUUCCAGCAAAGCCGCUAAAAUAGAACUUGGAAAGUCUGGUGGUGGUAUUUCGUUUUCGUCUCUGGCGUUUAUUACCCAGCUUAAGAAACUUUGCAACCAUCCGGAGUUACUGUUGAGUGAUGAUAAAGAGGGGAAAAAGAGCGAAGUUAAGGGGCUUAAGGAAUUGUUUUCAGAUGGACAAAAAUCCAAACACUUCCAGCCAGAUCUAUCCGGCAAAAUGAAAGUCCUCGACUAUAUUCUAGCCAUGACCAAGUCGAUGUCAAACGACAAAGUUGUUUUAGUGUCCAACUACACGCAAACACUAGAUCUGUUUGAGAAGCUUUGUCGCUUGAGACGUUACCAGUUCGUUCGUUUGGAUGGGUCCAUGACUAUUAAAAAACGACAGAAGAUCGUGGACCGUUUCAAUGAUCCUUCGGGAGGGGACUUUAUCUUCAUGCUGAGCAGCAAGGCUGGUGGAUGCGGCUUGAAUCUGAUUGGUGCAAAUCGUUUAGUGAUGUUCGAUCCUGAUUGGAAUCCAGCCAAUGACGAGCAAGCAAUGGCAAGGGUUUGGAGAGAUGGUCAGAAGAAGAAAGUCUACAUCUACAGGCUUUUGUCGACCGGCACAAUUGAAGAGAAAAUAUUCCAGCGACAGACACACAAGAAAGCGUUAAGUAGUUGCGUUGUAGAUGAAGAAGAGGAUGUUGCCAGACAUUUCUCAAUGGAGGAUUUGAGAGAUCUCUUCAAACUAAACGAGAGCACAUCAAGCGAGACCCACGACAAGUUUAAAUGUCGCAGGUGUGUUAACGGGAUUCAAGUCCGCCCCCCCCCUGAAGGGUCGAGUUGCAACUCUGAUUUGUCGGAAUGGAAUCAUUGCAACAGUAAGAAGGGAGUGGAAGACCAGGCCCUCAAAGGAGCAUGGGAAGAUGGUGUCACAUUCGUGUUUCAUCAUCGCUCACAUGAGAAACAGCUAGGAAUGUGAGGGUGUUGGAUUUAAAAGGAAAAUUGAGGAUUGCUGUGAGGAACAUGAAUUUGAAUGGGGAACUUCAGGGAAGCUGGGAACUGUAAAUAUAUGUUUUCUAAAAACAUCAUUCUGUCUGAAAACAUGGCCUCGGUUCUAGCUCUAGCCUACCAUUUGAACAAAUGAAGAUUCUAUCAUAGAUUUAUUUUAUUUCAUUGUAUUAUUGUAAAUAAUCGAUUUCAAUCUUGGGUUGGUGAAAUGUCGAAUAAAUUGAAGAUGUACUUAAUGUAAAGCUGUACAUUUAUUUGUACUGCAAUCU